AUGUCCUUUAUCAGACCGCGCCCCCACCUCUUCCUCCAUUCCCUGCAUACGUCACCGCCACCACCACCACCAGCAGCAGCAGCCGCACGAGUCCAACUGGCCUACGAGCUCCAUCACCACCACCGCCAACCACCUCGCAUCAGCAGCAGCAGUAGCCCCUCAACAUCGCCAAUUCUCUUCCUCCAUGGGUUUCUCGGCUCAAAGCGCGAGAAUCGGACGAUUAGUAGGCAAGCACUUCCCUCCCGACUUGGACAACUGGCCAAGGAUACCUCUCGAUCAGUCUAUGCAUUGGAUCUGCGCAAUCACGGCGACUCCGGCCACCAUCCGAAACACGAUUAUGUGGAACUCGCGCUAGAUGUGCGAAGCUUCAUCGAGAAGCACCGCAUUCGAGAGCCGACGAUCAUCGGACAUUCGAUGGGAGCGAAAACAGCUUUAACCCUGGCGCUGGAAUCUCCCCACCUCAUCAAAGAUGUCGUGGCCAUCGACAACGGUCCCAUCCAUCUGCCGCUCAAAUCGGAUUUUCUUGGAUACCUCCAAGGCUUGGCCCGAUUGCAAGAGGAGCGGAUCACGAGCCAUCGGCAAGCCGAUGAAAUUCUGGCGGCAUAUGAGAAGGACCCCGCCAUUCGGCUCUGGCUCAUCAGCAACCUCGUAAAGAAACCAAAUUCGCCAUAUCUCGACCUGCGAAUUCCUGUGGAGAUCCUGAAAACGGCCAUGGGGCCUUUGGGCAAUUUCCCCUACCGAGAGACCCAGGAAGAAGGAGGAUGCAGGCAGUUUCAUGGACGGUUACUCUUCCUGAGAGCACUUCGGAGCCAUUACAUUCCGGAAACGGCAUUUCCGACGAUAUUUUCGUUCUUCCCAGCCUCCAAGAUCGUAAAUAUCGAUAGUGGUCACUGGAUCGUUCAAGAGAAACCGGAGGAACUCCGGCAAAGUACGUUUGUGCUUCCCCUGCCCAACCUAUCCCUCGUUAUUAUCGCCUGGAGCCGAAUGCGCGAUACUGACGCUUAG